GUUUCGUUCGGUGCCGGAUUAGGAUCGCAUUUAACCGCGUGCGCACGUUUGACCGUCCGUCGGUACGGGAAACCCCCGGGGGGCACUGCUUUCUCACUCUAGCACAUCGGAAAAUCCACGCGCCAGACAGAAAAGCCACCAGACAAGAAGAAGCACCACAGUGAAAAUUGGUGAAAAGUGUGACCUGCCUGCAGUGCACUGCGAAAUCGAAGAAAUUUUCCUUCGCAGAACAAUUGCGAUCAAUUUUAAGGAUUUCGGAAGCCUUCCGUGCAUUUUUAUCGAGCGAAAUUCAUCGAAUAGUUGAAUUAAUGUAAAAGUACGACUAAGUGGGGUGAAAUAUAUUCUUAGAUUGGAAAUCGAAGCGAAAAUCGAAUAUGAAGUAGUGUCUUAAGUGUCCGGAAAAGUAUAGGAAAAAAGGUCUAGAAAAAUUCACACAAGAAGAUAUAAUUUCAGCAUUGGCAACCGGAGCAGCAAAAAUAGCCGAAGCUGACAAGAGAGUACCCUACUAGAGUGAUUCACGGUGCGAAAAUUUUCGUCGUUGCCCACAAAGCAAUGCGAGCUAGAUGCUGCGUGUUGUUUGGUGCGAAAGUGGAAAAUCAAGAAUCGAUGCUCUCUGCUUCUAGUCUAGUGCCGUGCGUGAACAUAUUUAGUUAGUGGUCAUCGUUAGGGAAGUUAUGAAUUAUGAGCCACAUGGGAUAUACAUGCAUGUGGAAAAUGUAACAGAAGUGUGCCGGAAACGAAUAAACAAAACCUGAGCUGUGAAUAAUUGUAUGGAAGAGGCAAACAACGGAAUAUAGGCAGUCGAAGCAUGAAUUAUUGAUGGGAUAUUUCAAACGAUAGCAGUUAAUAUAAAUAAUAUUCGAAAUAAUCAAAACCACACACCAUGUCGCACCUGUUUCCUAGUGCAAAGGGCGAUCAGCUGUGCCCACUUGGGUUCCAUCCUCAGGUUCGUUGGCCAACGCGUUGUAAGCGGUGCUUCCGUGACUACAAAGAGCACGGCAACAAACGAAAUGGCGAAGACAUCACAGCUUCCACUCCAGUCCUACCCGGCUCGUCCCAAUCGCGAAGUCGUGAUGGUGGUAGUAGCACAAGUUUGGACAAACCCGUGCGGAGCUGGACAUCUACUCAGAACUUGUUCGUGUCCAACAAUAACAACCACGGAAGCAGUAGUGAUAGACCACCGGGACUUCCGCAGCGACCUGCAUCCUGGGCCUCGACGCCCGACUUAGAUAACAUUCUACAGCAAGUGAAGGCAGAUUUUACAGUUAAUUUAACACUCCCACGAAGGAGGCAUACUACCACAUUCGAGAACUUAGAAGAACCAGAAACGACGGUAACAUUAAAAAGGCCCCCAUUGCCGCCAAUACUUAAAGUUGAACCAAAGGAUGCCAAGAAGGAGUUGGAAAAGGCAGAGGACCAGGGAGUCGUUAUAGAGAAGGGAGACUCCCUUGCCGAAAGAGUGCGUAAGAUGAACCUGAUCAAGCGUCAAGGCAGUGCUGAGCGAGAUAGCCGGGAACGAUCGGUGCCAAUGAAAGAGGAGGAAGAACCAAAAUCGGCUCUUAAACCCGUUAAGACCAUCGAACCGGAAAAGGUAGAACGUAAGCGUCGUAUUAGGCCCAUUCCAGAAUCCAAAGUCGAGGAACCAAUCAGUAAACCCCAGUUAACGCUAAGUAAAACUACAAUCACUUCCACGAAACCCCUCGGAAGCACAACGCUAACACCUGUAAAAGAAAAGGAGGUCAAGAAACCCACUACUAGCGCAGAACCAGCGAAAGAUUCCACGAAGAUAAUUCGUCGCCGGCGUGUUGAUACGGGUCCAUUUGAACCUUCCCCGAAACCAACAAUAACCCCUACACCGAAGCCGAUUAUAACGCCAACCCCGAAACCUGAUCCGAUUGUGAACAAUAGCAGUGAUGAUGUGAGGUUCCUGAUAUCCAUCAAAGAUAGUAAAUCCAAACAGGACGAAGACCUCCACUCGAUUACUACAGAGACUACAGAAACCACGAUUGUCGACCAUACUGAUAAUAGCGAGCUGCAAGAAGAGAUCGAAAGUCUAAAACGGGAAUUAGAAACAGUGAAAGCCAGGUGUGACAGAGCAGAACGGGAGAAGAGUGACAUACUGUUACGUAGAUUGGCGUCCAUGGACACUGGCUCCAACAAGACAGCAGCCUCGGAAGCCCUCAAGCUACAGCAGAAGGUCAACGAACAGAAACAGAUGCUAGAAGAUCUGCAGGAUGAGAAGAAGUUCUUGGCCACUAAAGUGAAAGAACUAGAAUCGGACAUCAAAAUUCGCGGCGCCAAAAACGUGGAAGAACAGCUUAGGCAGAAGCUGGAACAAGCGGAAACUCUGUGCGAAGAGUUGAUGGACGAAAAUGAAGAAAUCAAGCGUGAGCUGCGCAAUAUGGAAUCCGAAAUUGAAGAGAUGCACGACAACUUCCGGGAAGAACAAGCUGACGAAUACGCUUCAUUGAAGAAAGAGCUUGAUCAAACUACGAAGAAUUGCCGUAUUCUUUCGUUUAAACUGAAGAAAUCGGACCGGAAAAUCGAACAGCUGGAAUCAGAAAAGGCAGCACUUGGGACCAAUACGGAUCUAGCUACGAAGGUAAAACAACUUGAGGACGAGCUGAAGGUCGCAAACGAAGUGGCGCGUCGUCUUCAAAGUGAGCUGGAACAAGCGGAAUCUAAUCCCACUACGCCAACGAAGAAGACGCCCAGCUUAGGCAAGAUUGGAAAGUCAACUUCCGCGGAUAACAAGAUUUCACGAGCUUCGUUGACCCGGGGAGGAUCACAGGAAGAUCCGGUUCAGCUGCUGCGCGAUCUGCAAGAUUCUUUGGAACGGGAAGCCGAUCUUCGUGAGCAAUUGAAGUACGCCGAAGAGGAAGCCGAAAACCUCCGACGUAAAUCGGGACGAAUCGAGGAUGACAACGAAUCUCUGAUGAUGCAACUGAAGAAGAUGGCUACAAAGGCGAGAACGAAAGGUAUCUUCAAUACAGGUCGAAAGCUUAGUCCUAGUCCUCCGAACCGUCGUCUAACUCCCGAAGGUCCAAUGGAGAAAGACGAAGGCAUAUCCGAUGAAGACGAUCCCGCGGAGCUCAGACUGCAGUUGGAGCUUAACGAACAGGAAACGGCAGUUUUGCGACGGAAGAUGGAGGAGUUGGAAAUCGAGAAUAAGCGAAGCCGUGAACACGUGAAGGAACUCCAGGAAAGCUUGAUAUCGAAAACGAAGGAAAUGGAUAAACAGAAUAAGCUACCAUCCCUGCUGGGAUCGAAGAGUAGUGGAACGAAGGAUCCUCUGGACGAGAAGAAGAUCAAAGUGAUGGAGGAGCAAAUCAACGAACUGCGCAUGAAGUUGAUCGAGAAAGAUCGUGAGGUGGAACGCGUGCAGGCUGAAUUGAGCAUUAGCAAAACGAAGGGCGGUAAAUCGUUGGUGAAAUCGAAAUCUUUGGAUGCAGAUCAACAGGUUUUGGAUCUGAAGCGUCAAUUGCAGGUCAUUGAACAGGAAGCUAAUGUUCUGCGACAGAAAACGCAAACUUUGGAGCAAGAAAAUGAGAAGUACACUGCGGAGAUCAAGCAACUUCAGCAGACCAAAUCGAAAACUGGCGACGCAGAAACCAAGAAACUGAACAACACCAUUCAAGAGCUGCAAAAAGAGAAGAGUGAUCUAGAGGGCAAAUUGAAACGCAUUACGGCGGAAUCCUCUGCUAGUUUACCUUCGAGGACACCGAAAACACCCAACGAUAUGCACACCAAGCUGCAAUUGAAGAGAAUGGUUGACGAGUGCGAGAAUGAAAUCAACGAGUUGCGUGCCAUUGUGGGGCGAUCCGGCGCCAUGAACAUGACUACUUUGGAGAACGAGAAGAAGAAACUACAAGCCGACUUGGCCGAGUCCAAGGAACAACGAACGAAACUGGAAGCCGAAAUAAGAAAGCUAGCUGCUCCCAAGGUUUCCUCAGAGCUUCAAGCGAUCAAACUGAACGAGGCCCAACGUACGGUUCAGAAGUUGGAGGAUGAAAACAAAAAGCAAAACGAUAAAAUCAAAGUCCUGGAAGAGAAGAUUAGUAAAAUUACUACCACCAUGAAAACGGCAGAGUCAAACAAAACUCAGUUAGAAAAUCAGUUGAAAACCGAGAAGGAUAAGUUGGAUGAGGCCGAGCAGGAUUUGAACAGUUUGCGUAAAGAGAAAUCGAAGAUUGAAGGCAAAAUUCUUGGCUUAGAAAAGGAAUUAAGGGAAGAGCGACGAAAGACGGUUGAAGUUAGAGAAGAUCUGGAAAGAGAAAUUGCUAACUUGAAGAGGAAGUCUAUGUCUAACGAUCCAUCCGCUCUGAGAAUCCAAGAGUUGAGUCAGAAGAACGAUGAUUUGAUGUCGAAACUUGAAGAUGAAACUAGAAGAUACCAGCAGCUUAUAUCAAAACACGAGUUGCUGGAAGAAGAUCACGUCAUGCUGAAGGCGCAGAUGGAGUCCGAAAAGCAGAAGCUCCUGGAACUGGACGUCCUGAGAAAUAAGCUAACCCAAGCGGACACUAUCGAGGCUCGACUGGUGAAAGAGAAUACAAACCUCAGUCGAAAGUGUGUCGAAAUGCAGAAGAAUAUCGCUGCCCUGGAAAGUGCCGCUGACAGUCGAAUGGCUGGUUUGGAGUUGGAGAAAAAUCGACUGAAGAGCUCGUUGGAGGAUAAACAGCGGGAGUAUGAGCAUCUGUGUCAGGAGAAUGAAAUGAACGCCUAUCAAGUAGCGCAGUUGAGGAAAGACAAUGAUGAUCUUAGAGGCAAACUAGACGACUACGAGAGAAUCAACAAAGCUCAGCGAACCUUAAGUGAACACAACUCUCACUUAGAACAAGAGCUUAAAAAGCUCCAUGUACAAUUGGAAACAGCGGAAAUGAACGUGAAAUCCGAAGUGGCCGCUACCCGUUUGCGGUACGAACAGCAAGUGACGAACCUGCAUAACGAGUUGACCGGAUUGCAGAGGCAAUGCGAGCGAUUCAAGCGGGAUCGUGAUACGUUCAAGCAACUGGUGGAAGCCGCCCAGAAACAGAUCGGUGACAUGAAAGCUAAUCGACGCAGUUUAGCGUCGGUGACGAGCAGUAGCGGCGACGACGAUGAUAAGUCAAAGAUCAUUGCACUGGAACAGCAGAUAGGCUGUCUUGAGGAUGAACUCAGUGAAGCACGCCUGGAAGCUAGCAAGGUGCGAACGGAGCUAAUUUCCGAACUGAGUGCUUCCGAGAUCAAGAUUUCCGAGAUGCAGUCGAAGAUCAACGAACUUGAGGAGGAGAAGAUUAUCAGCGGUGGCAAGAGCAAGGUGCCAGGCACAAAGACAAGACUGGAGCUUUCGUGGCAGAAGGAACGUGAGGAUCUACAGAGAUUGGUGCAGGAGACUUCAACGCUCGCUAGGGAUCUCCGACAGACACUGUUCGAGGUGGAAAGAGAAAGGGAUAAGGAAAAGCUGGAAUCUAAGCGUAAGAUAGACCAGAUCAAAAAGACAACCGAAGAAGAGAUUGAAGAGGGCAGAAGGAAAGUCACCGAAUUGCAGAGUGAUCUGCUGGAGCUUCGGGAUGCGCAUGCCAAGCUGAGAACGGCCAACGAAAAGCUAAGACGUGACCGGGAACGUUCUGAGCGUGAACGCGAAAGCGCCACUAGGCGAAGACUUGAAGUAGAAGGCGAUCGUAGAAUAGGAGCUCUGCUGCAAACGGUGGAUGAGCUGGUGAAACUUGCGCCAGAGCUUCAGAGGGCAUCGAGCAGGCAAGAGCCUACCACCACAACUACAAGCACAGGAAAGACCAUCAGUGCAAAUGCACCCAUUCCAACACCUCCGAUGCGCCACAAGAGUCCUUCGCCCGGCCCAGGCGGAGCAACCCCACAGUCACCGACAGUGAUAGCAGUAUUAACAAGACUAGCAGAAGCGUCAGACGACUUGAGACGGUACCAACGGAUGUGCGAUGAGGAAAAAGACAGGGAUCGUAUGAGACGUGGUGGAAUGCGAAGAGCUGCUUCCCAAGAAAACGACUCCAUAGAAGGCCACACGGGUAGACCAGUGAUGAGAAUCAACCGCAAUGGAGGAAGUUUGUACAAGAAGAGCUUAUCGUUGGAUCAAUCACUACAGAUUGAACAGCAAGGGCAACUCAUCUGGAAGGAAGGCGACGACAGCAUGUCUUCACUGCAAUCUUUGGACUCCGAAUACGGGGCCAGGUUUCAACGGGAUUCGAGUUUAGAUUCGCGCCUUUCGGGUGGAUCAACUCAAAGCGAUAUGCCAAGGAUGAGAAAGAAGAAACGUGGCCUUAUGGGUAAACUGAGAAGUUUGAGUCUAACCAGAGGAAGCAAGGGAAGCGAAAGUGAUUUUUCGAUGCAAGGGUCCGACUCGGAUCUCAGCAUGGCGGGUGAUAUUCGUUCCAGUAAGAGUAAUCUAAAGGGCAAGCUGUCCGGAAUGUUCCGGCGAGCGGGAUCCUCAUCCCGGGCAAACAGUAGCGAGGCGCUCGAUCGAGAGCUUCAACGACCGGUUGCCAUUCAGACUUUGGGUAACGGUCCAACCGCAGCACUGGCCGCAGGACAGGGACCACCGCCUCGACCGGUAUCCGCCAGUAAUCCGCAUUUGGCAAGAGCAGGAAAGCCACCCACCCCAUCGAUGGCACCCACCCAGCGAAGAAGGGUAGUCGCAUCGUCCCAGCCGGCCCCUUCGAAUUCUGGGACACUUCCAAAAUAAUAAUUUGCAAUAAAAAGGCAGUAAUACAAUGACUCAAAUUCGUACAGGCUACUGUUUUUACAGCAACUUGGUAAAAAACUAUCAAAUGUUAAAUAGCACUUUAUCAAUAACGAAGGUCAUAGGUAUCAUAUAUUAUCCGGCAUCUAUAAACUGUUCAUAUCUACUAUCAUCUUGUGAUAAUGGAAAAGUAUUGAAUUUGAGUCUUAAUUUAAUGCAAUUCCAUA